CAGGAUCCUGCAACAGAGCGCUCUGUCUGUGGAGAGCACGAGGGGACUUGUCCUAACAACUGCUCAGCUCAGGGGGCUGCAGUGGAGAUUGGCCAUCAGGGGGCUAAGCAGGAGUGGUUCCCAUCAUGGACAAAGCAGAGCUUUAGCAGCGAGAUUGCUCUUGCAGAAGACGACAGUUCCAUGUUGGCUGUAAAAUUUCUGGUGUUACAUUGGUGUGUGCUCACACACCACCAGGACUGAGAGCCGAGACCAGGGCUGAGGACCAGGUGCUCUGCGCAUCUGGCCAUGCAGCCAGUACAUAACCUCGGUGACAACUCAGCUGACUUUGGCAAUUCUCUGAUGAGGAAGAAAUCCUCAUUUCCAGAGACAGGAGUUGGAGUUGGAGAGGGCAUAAGAGAUCCUGGGUUCCUCCUGGGCCAGUGCUUGCCAUGGAUAUGGACAACCACAUUUCCCUCCUGAUAUUUUCUACUUUGUUUUGUGGCAAGAUCCACACAGUGCUACAGUGUCCUUAGAGCUGCGUGAGGCACCAAUGCCUUCCCUAUCACAAGGAUUCCAAGAGACUCCUACAGACUUGAUAAGGGGGUUAAAAACUUGGGAGUUUGUUUGAAUUGCAUGAGGAAAGGUCUAAAUAUUGCAUAAUGGAAGAGUAAUGUCCAUACUAGGAAAGUCCUGUUAUUAAAUCCUGGUUCCCUCACCCCAUUUCCACCAUUCCUGGAAUAUUUUUGCUGCCACAACCUUCUCUUCCUCACCCUCCACUGCUUCUAGAUUGUGUCCUUCCAGCCCUUAGAUGUUUUCAUUCAUGUAUUUGAGUCCUUGUGCUGCCCAUGGCCCUUCUGUAUCCAGCCCCCUCUCUGUCUUUUCUUUCCGAGCCUCCACUUCUAUUUACAGCUCUGUUUUUCUGCUUGCUUAAAGUUUCAGAUGAUUACUCUUUGUAAACCAUUGCUCAAUUGUCAAGUGCCUCGAUGUCAGCACUGCUGCCCUCUGAUCCCCAGGUGGUCCUCUGACUUUUUGGAGUGGUGUCAGCUGAUAGUAAAGCUCAGUUUUGCCAGCUGCCUUCAGAUACCUGUUUUGGUAUGUUUUAAACUGUGUUUGCAAACCCAGUUUCUACUGAGAGCAUUACAUCUUAAUUCAGACAAUUGUGGUACAAAGCAAAAGCCACACGAGGAAACUGCAGGAAGUGGGACUGGAAUGGAAGGAAUGUUGACUGGAAAGACAGACAGAAGUGCACUUUAAACAUUUUUUACUAGACUGUAAAUAGGAAUGGACUGGAAAACCAAAAAAAAAAAAUCUUUGAACGUUGGUUGGAUUUUGCAAUAUCAAGGUUUCAUAUUACAGAGAAAGAAAGAAUGGGGAAAGUGUUGAACCGAAAUAUCAGAAUCAACUGACAGGUAGUGUGUGCUGUGAUACACAUGUUUAUUGAUAAGUUUCUUGAACUCUACUUGUAACUUAAAUUACAUAAAAGCCAAUCAUACUACUAAUGACUGUUGGUGAGGAGUAGUGUUCACACACUACCCUUCAUGUUUGUUCCAGCAUAUACUUUCUCUAGUCUUAGACUUCUUUCUCAUUUUUACGGGUCUGACUCACUAUUUUCCAGAGGAGGCUGCACAGACAUCACUGUAGUUUGGAUUUACCUACCUCUCCUGUUGCCAUUUACACCAAGAAUUUCUACUGCUAAAACAGAAUAUGAAUAUGCCAUGGCACUCUCCAACAACCACAUCUGCCCUGUCCACAACUGGAAUUACAAUCAGUCGUGUGACAUGGACGGCCCCAGCUCCUGCUGCACUCUGGAUCACAUCCCCCUCGUCAGCAAAUGUGGCACCCUGCCUCCCGAGAGCUGCUUCUUCAGCCUCAUCUGCAGCCUGGGCUCCUUCAUGGUCAUCCUGGUGGGACUGCUGCGCUACGCCCACAUCCUGGAGCGCCUGGGGCCAUCCCUCCUCAACACCCUGGGGCUGGCCACUGGCUGGGUCUGCGCUGCCGGCCUCACCAUGGUUGGCAAUUUCCAGGUGGAUCAUGCCAAGGUGCUGCACUACAUUGGGGCAGGGGUGGCCUUUCCCACCAGCAUGCUGUUCCUGCUCCUGCAGUCCAUCCUCACGUACCGCAUGGCCAAAACCCGAGGGCAGUACUGGACUGGCCACUUACGAAGCAUCCUCACCACUGUGGCCUUUGUCACCCUCGUCUUCAGCGGUGUGUUCUUCAUCCAGGAGAGCUUUGUGCUGCAGCACGUGGCUGCACUGUGUGAGUGGAUGUUCAUCAUCGAUGUCCUGGUCUUCUACGGCACAUUCACCUUUGAGUUUGGGGCCAUCUCCACAGACACCUUCCUGGUCCUGCUGAAAGCCAGCCGGGCUCCCAAAAGUUACAAAGACGAGAGCAGCGUGUCCAGCACGGCCCACAUCCACAGCCAUGUGGAGGGCUUGGCUAUGGCCUGACCCCCACAGGAGGCAGCUCACAGUGGAGACUCCCAAAUGGGGCUCUGACAGUAACUCCCCACCUUGAAUGUCUCUGAGACCCCAGCUGCCUUGGGGUGCUUCUGUGUGUGUGUGUGUGUGUGUGUGUGCACGUGUGGGCAUGCGGUGCCCUCCACUCUUGGCAGGAGCUGUGUCCAGGACUCCUCUGGCAGCUGGUGCCCCUGCAGGAGCUGCCCCCUCUCUGCCCACAGGAUUUGGGGGCACUGUUGGGGUGCAGGGAUGCCAACUUGGUGCUAUCAACAGAGCCAGGAUCUGCCCUGGAGCCUCUGGGGUAGCCUUGUCUGAGUCAGGGGCUGCUGCAGGCAAUCAUACAGAGGCCCCCUUCUGUAAGCGAUGUGCAGGAACAGGGGGCUCACUCUUCCCUCACCACACAAGCCUGGUAUGCUGGGAGGGAGGGAGAUCUCUGUUCUUCCCUCCUCCACAGGGAAGGUUCAGCAGAGCAAGCCUGCCAAGUAUGACUGUCAGAGGAGCCAAAAACCCAGAGUGCCUUUUCCCUUCCUUGGGAAGUUAUGGCAGUGCCGGUCUGUCUGCACUCCCAGUGAGAACGGCAGCAGGGGGUCUCUCCCUGCCUGGCUUCCUGGGUGGAGGCAGUGCCUCACACUGCCACAGGAUGACACCAGCAGCCCUAGCUGGCCUCGCUGGCCCCUCGAGCUCUUGCUGCUCAGGGCCUUCGUUGCCUUCAGUUGAUGACUUUCCUGUCAUUUUUUUCAGCUUUGAGAAUUGCUUAGGCAGGUUUCACCUCCUGGGUCAUGGCAUUCCCGUGCUCCCAGCUAAUUUGGGAAGUGAGUCUGAAUUUACCAUCAUACCAAGACACUGUGCCUGCAGAGCAGCAGAUUUGCCCCCCUGUACCGCUGCCAACCGAAGCUGUCCCAUGAGGGAGCGUCCCAGUCCGGGGUGGGCGGCCACCAGCCCUCCCACCCAGGGAGCACAGGCAUAGAAAGGGGAGGCACUUCUGUAGGAACAGAUAAACAUGUGCCCUGUUCUGCUGGGACUCCCAAAUCCGUCCGCUGGUGCCUUGGCCAGCACCUGCCUGGUGGGAGCCCAUCCUGCUCAGUCCCAGCAUCCUCAGGCUGCAGCCCGGGGUGUCCUGGGCAGGGGGGUGGGGUGUUGAGGGGUAUGAGUGCUCUGUGUGUGUGUGUGGUGUGUGUGUAUAGAUCUAAAAACAUGUAUAUAUAUAUAUAUAUAUAUAUAUAUAUAUAUGUAUAUAUAUAUACCCAUAUAUAUAUAUAAAUUUUCCCUUGUCCCUGGAGAGGGGCAUUUGCUGCUGCUGCUGUGCGCAUUGAUCAGGUUGGGCUUGCCUAUUUGCCCACCUUUCCAAACCGGCCUGUAAAUCCACCAGUAUAUGUAGUUCAAAGAGGAGCAUUUCUGACUUUUAUAUCUAAUAUAUUUUUUAAAAAAAUAUAUAAAGACAACGGUGAAUUUACAAUAAUAAAAGUGAAAAUCAGCCAUG